CCCCACCCUUCCAUGACUGGCUGACUCUCUCUCUCUCUCUCUCAACUUCUCCUUAAAACCCCAUCAUAGAGCUCUUCCAAUCUUCCGAAAACCCUAACCCAAUCUCUAAAAAAAAACCCAAAACCAUGUCCAACCCCCACCACCAUUCUUCUCCUCUCCCCUCCUGCUUCCACCCCACUACCACCACCACCACCACCUCCAAGCACCGCUCCACCACCGCCUCCCAACCCAUCUCCGGCAAUCCCAACCUCACCACCUCCGUCUACCACACCAACCUAGGUCUCUUUGCCCUCACUUGGUCCCGCACCCUCCUCGGCCACUCCCUCCACCUCCACCUCCUCCUCCACGACUCCUCCUCCACCACCCCCACCCCCACCACCACCUCUCUCUCUUCCCCCUCCUUCCACCUCCACAUCAAGCCCUUCAUUUUCUGGAACAAACAUGGCUCAAAAAAGCUCAACCUCACCACCACCUCACCCAAAUCCAUUCAAAUCUUUUGGGAUUUUUCAAAAGCCAAAUUCGGGUCCCGACCCGAACCCCAAUCCGGAUUCUACAUCGCUGCUGUCGUUUCCGGCGAAAUGACCCUCCUCGUCGGAGACUCUCCCAACGAAGCUUAUUCCAAAUCAAGAGCUACAAAGCCUCGGAGACCCCAAGUUUUGGGUCUGAGAAGAGAACAUGUUUAUGGAAACAAACUCUACACCACGAAAGCUACCAUUAGAGGCAAAUCAAGAGACAUAUCGAUCGAUUGUAGAGUCAAUGGUGAUGAUCCAAAACUCUAUUUCAGUGUUGAUCAGAAAAGGGUAUUGCAAGUAAAGCACUUGAAGUGGAAAUUCAGAGGCAAUGAGAGAAUCGAAGUUGAUGGUGUUUAUAUACAAGUCUCUUGGGAUGUAUAUAACUGGUUGUUUGAUGAUGAUGAAGAUGGGUAUGCUUUGUUCAUGUUCAGGUUUGAAAAACUGGGGUUUGAAGAUAAAGAAGAAGAACAAGAUCAUGAUGAUGAUGAUGAUGAGUUUAAAAAAUUGAAUAUGUGGUCACAACAGUCAUGUGGGUUUGGGUUUGAGAAGAAGAAGAUGAAGAAAGGGUUGUUGAGGACUGCGAAAAGCUCGUCAUCAUCGUCGUCGUCGCUGUCUUCGGCUUCGUCGGGUAGUGGAGUGGGCAAGUGUGGAAGAGAAUGAAUUGAAAGACCCUUCUGGGUUUUCUCUGCUGGUGUAUGCUUGGAAGAAUUGAUGGUGAUGAUACUAGUCUCAUCUGAUCUUGGUGGGUUUAUUUUCUUUUUCUUUAAUUGUUUUCCUAACUAACCAAUUUGUUCAUGAACAUAAAACAUAAUAAAUCAAUGUACAAGAAAGAUAAUAUAUAUAUAUAUAUAGAUCAUAGUAGAUCAUAGUACACAGAUCUAAAUUCUAGGUUCUAACAAUCUUUGUUUAUCUUUGUUGUGCCAAAAAAAAAAAAAAUGAGUGACUUAGAGGGAAGAAGAAAAGUUUAUUUUGUUGGUCAAAUUAUGGAGUUGGAACUUUGAUUGAAUUUGGUGUAAUGUAAUGUAAUAGAAGUUGCAAUACAAUUUGAAAUAUUGCAAAAUUCAAAGUCUUUGUUCAUUGUC